AUGACUAGCCGCGUGCUGUCUCGCGUCAUCUUUCUGCUCUACGCCCUGACUUUGCUGUGUUUCUGUCGACACGCGCUAGCCCCGAGAUCGGAAGAUAUUGGCCAGAGGCGACAAUUGAGGGCUCCUGCAGACCUAGCUGGCCGCCGGGCCGUACGCCGCUACUUGGACAUUGCCGACGAUGCCAGCAGCGCUCCAAAUCCUGCCUUCUACCCCGGUACUCCUGUUCCAGUGGACGUCAUGACGCACCUGUUGGGAGAACGGUACAGCGUGGACCAUCACGUUCCGAUCCCUGUCGUCGAGGGCCAGGAAAGCAACUUUUACAGCAAGGUGCGGGAGCUCCUGCACCAUCCCGAGACACCCGUCACCAGCAUGGGCUGGGAGGGCAAUACGUUCUUUCUCGCUCAGGCUCGCCGCCUAGACUACAGCAACUAUCCUGUAUGGGGCACCAUGAUUAGACCUCCCUUUCAGUUGCAUUCUGAUGCUUUCCACCCGAUUUUUAUCGGGAAGGUGCUGCACAACAAUCCGCAAGGGCACGAGUUCGACCUUCUUGCCGUUAGAUCGCCUGCGACGAACCAGAGUGCCCUAGGUGCCAGACCGGCGAUGAUCUAG